AUGAGGUGUGAACAUACGGGAUAUCUCUACCAAACGUAUUGCAUACGUUUGUGGGACGGCGCGUUCUCGGCGUUGGAUAUGAUGGAGAGCGAACACUUCAGCUUGAGUGUCGAUGAUUUGCUCAUUCUGAACAGCAAGGACACACUAGCGCAACUCGAACAGCCAGACUCGCCAGAGCGACUCACCAAGACGGGCUCCACGGGUUCAAUGUCGCCCGUUUCUGAAAUCAGUGAAGAUCCAACUGAUGACGUCAUCUCGGCCUUGGACACAUCCGGGAAACUAAGCGACGAUUUAUACGGGAAAUUGUCUGAAAAUUUUUCUACCUAUGUUUUUCCCGGUGAGUCUCAUGAUUACACCCAAAGCAGUAUGACUCGUUCUACGCAGGGUGUGUCUUAUGCGAAGCGAGCAACACGUAAACGAUCUCGUUACGUCGACGAUGAGGACGACCUCUCUGAUUCGCGUACGAAAGCGGCACGACAAGCCAAGCUAAACCGUGAGAGAAAGAAGGAAUACGUUACGGGUCUGGAAAACCAAGUCAAAACGUUAGAGGAGAACAACUCCGAUUUAAAUCUGCACGUGCAACAUAAAGAUCGACUUAUCGCCGAGCUAAGAGAGGAGGUGAGGUACCUGAGAGGUGUUCUGGCCAACCAGACAACUCUCUCGAGGUUGCUGAGAAACAUAAACUUUGACUCUGAUGAGUUUAGUGAUGACAAAGACAGACGUGUUACACACUCGGAUCACAGUGGGUACACGAAGGCGCAGGUGCUGACGUCGUCGGCCGACGUUGGAGUCUGCCUGCAUGUAUCGAGUGGGGCUGUUUCGUUAGAGUUGUGCCGACGCUGCAGCGAAAGAGCAAGCACGUCGACUGCCCUACAUCCAGGUCGCUCGCACACACUUGUUGUUAUCAACCGGCAUGAAAAGCUGUUGCCCGUAUGUGCUGUAUUGCACUUGUGGUGUGUGUGUGAGAGCCCCACAAUGCAGCACAUCUGUCGUGUGUACGACUGAGAUCUCAGCAUGCAAAGGUAGUGUGUAUUGGUAUGGGUACUUUGACUGAUGGUAUGUAUCACGAACGUGGAUUCCACGUAAGCGGGUGAGACGUCGUUGGGUUCGAUGGUCAGACUAAUCGUCUGUUAGACAAUGUGUUGCAGCUCACAUGAGGACGACGACACGGUGUGAUGGAGACGUGUGUGUGUGUGAAUCGAGAGGUCGAAUGGUUGCUUGUACACGUACGUGUUGCAUCUCGUUCCCCUCCGAUGCUCGUAAACGACAAUGUUUUGUGGUUUGUGAUGAACUGAACUGCAAUGGUGUGUGUGUGUGUGUGUGUGUGUGUGUGUGUGUGUGUGUGUGUGUGUGUAUUAAAUACAAUACAAUCACUGUUCACAUCAUGUUCAGCUUGGUUCCAAUGUCUCCCAUUCUGCAUGAUCUCACAAUCAAUAAUCAAUAUUUUACGGUUACCAUACAACAUGAUUAUACACACAAAAAAAUGGAAAUAAAUUACAGUAUUAAUCCAAUCAGCCAAUUUCAGUUUUUCACCCUGAGUGAUGGGACCGAAGGGAGAAUGAUAGGGACUGAAGGGGGCCAA